AUGGCGCUGAGCAUGACUCACCAGAUCGGGACGCUCGCCGGGACGCCGAUCCAGGCGGAGUCCGGGAGCGGCGCCGGGGAGCCGUCGAUGGCGACGGUGAGCGCGGCCGCGGUGUGGAAAUCGCCGGCUCCCAGCAUCCGGUGCAGGGCGCAGAAGCCGGACGCGUUGGACGCCUUAUCGCCGCCGCUGAGCCCGUGCAGGUCGCCGGUCCUGGGAGGGAUCCGCCCGGAUCUGUCCGUCGCGUGCCAGGCCUUCGCGGCGGAGAUGGAGGCGCUGCCGCAGGCGGCGGUGAGGGAGCACAAGGAGGUGGCGCCGGCGGCGGGCUCCCGCGAGAAGGGGAGCGGAGGAGUGCCGGUGUUUGUGAUGAUGCCGUUGGACAGCGUGACGAUGAAUAACACCGUGAACCGGAGGAAGGCGAUGAACGCGAGUCUGCAGGCGUUGAAGAGUGCUGGCGUGGAGGGGAUUAUGAUGGACGUGUGGUGGGGAUUGGUGGAGAGAGAGCCUGGGAGCUACAAUUGGGGUGGUUAUGCGGAGCUUUUGGAGAUGGCGAAGAAGCAUGGGUUGAAAGUGCAGGCUGUGAUGUCGUUUCACCAGUGCGGUGGAAACGUUGGUGACUCUUGCUCCAUCCCUCUACCAAAGUGGGCUGUGGAAGAAGUUGAUAAAGAUCCAGAUCUUGCAUAUACAGACCAGUGGGGUAGGAGAAACUACGAGUACAUAUCACUUGGCUGUGACACCCUCCCGGUUCUCAAAGGGCGAACACCUGUACAGUGUUAUGCUGACUUCAUGCGUGCAUUUAGAGACAACUUCCAGCACCUUUUAGGUGAAACCAUUGUGGAAAUUCAAGUAGGCAUGGGGCCAGCAGGCGAACUUCGUUAUCCAUCAUACCCCGAGCAAAAUGGGACAUGGAAAUUUCCAGGAAUUGGAGCUUUUCAAUGUUACGACAAGUACAUGCUGAGUAGCUUGAAAGCUGCAGCCGAGGCUGCUGGCAAAGCAGAAUGGGGCCACACCGGUCCAACUGAUGCUGGUCACUAUAACAACUGGCCAGAGGAUGCCCCAUUCUUCAAAAAGGAAGGUGGAGGAUGGAACAGUCAAUAUGGUGAAUUCUUCUUGUCGUGGUAUUCUCAGAUGCUACUGGACCAUGGUGAGAGAAUACUCUCAUCUGCCAAAUCAGUCUUUGAGAAUACAGGAACAAAGAUUUCAGUCAAGGUUGCAGGAAUUCACUGGCACUAUGGAACGCGUUCGCAUGCUCCUGAGCUGACAGCAGGAUACUACAACACACGUUAUCGGGAUGGUUACCUUCCCAUUGCCCAGAUGUUGGCACGGCACGGUGCUAUAUUCAACUUCACUUGCAUCGAAAUGCGUGACCACGAGCAACCCCAAGAUGCGCUCUGCGCACCUGAGAAGCUGGUGAAGCAAGUAGCUUUGGCUACCCAGAAGGCAGAAGUUCCUCUUGCUGGGGAAAACGCACUGCAGCGCUAUGAUGAUUAUGCGCAUGAACAGAUUUUGCGGUCCGCAUUGCUGAACAUCGAUGGCUAUCCUCAGGAGGACAAGGAGAUGUGCGCAUUCACAUAUCUGAGGAUGAACCCGGACUUAUUCCAAGCCGACAACUGGAGGCGGUUCGUGGCGUUUGUCAAGAAGAUGAAAGAAGGGAAAAACCUGCACCGAUGUUGGGAGCAGGUCGAGAGAGAAGCUGAGCACUUUGUUCAUGUCACUCAGCCUCUGGUUCAAGAAGCAGCCGUUGCACUUAGGCACUGAGAGUAUGUCUAUAGAUGUGUCGCAAGGUGUAUAAUAGAUUCCAUGGUUUGAUGUUGUCCCAUCCCUUUUUUAAGAUAGGAUGGGCGUAGAAAAACUACAAAGUCGUAUGUAGUAAUCGAGGAUGCCAAAAUACUGUUCAUUUCCAUAAUAUAUACGAUAAAGCUGCUUAUUAUCCA